CCGCCGCCCGCCGCCGGAGCCGCACCCGCCGCGGACGGAGCCCAUGCGCCGGGCGAGCCCCGAGCCCCGGCCCCGGCCCCUGCCGCCGCCCCCGCCCCGGCCCCGGCCCCGGGGGCAGUCGCGCCAGUGAGCGGUGGGACCGGAGGUCACUGCAGCGCCUCGUGCCGCGGUCGCUUGAGGAGCGAUGACGGAGUAUAAGCUCGUGGUGGUGGGCGCCGGCGGCGUGGGGAAGAGCGCCCUGACCAUCCAGCUCAUCCAGAACCACUUCGUGGAUGAGUACGACCCCACCAUCGAGGACUCCUAUCGGAAGCAAGUGGUCAUUGACGGGGAGACAUGCCUGCUGGACAUCCUGGACACGGCGGGCCAGGAGGAGUACAGCGCCAUGCGGGACCAGUACAUGCGCACCGGGGAGGGCUUCCUCUGCGUGUUUGCCAUCAACCACGCCAAGUCCUUCGAGGACAUCCACCAGUACCGGGAGCAGAUCAAGCGGGUGAAGGACUCGGACGAUGUGCCCAUGGUGCUGGUGGGGAACAAGUGCGACCUGGCCGCGCGCACCGUGGAGUCUCGGCAGGCCCAGGACCUCGCCCGCAGCUAUGGCAUCCCGUACAUUGAGACCUCCGCCAAGACCCGCCAGGGCGUGGAGGAUGCUUUCUACACCCUGGUGCGCGAGAUCCGGCAGCACAAAGCGCGUAAGCUGAGCCCGCCGGACGAGGGCGGCCCCGGCUGCCUGAGCUGCAGGUGCCUGCUGUCCUGACGGUGGCGCGGGCGCGGAGCGCUGGGUGCCACGCAGGAGGCGGCGCGGCGGGGACGGAGGGAGAUGCCGCCGGAGCCCGGCCCUGCAGGUUGGCGGACAGAGUGCCCACGGGCCUCCCGGGACGCUUCACACAGACUCUGAUGAACUGAUGCACUGGCCCCCAGCCUCGCUCUCCUCAGCCCUGUCCUGGCCCAGUGGGCGCAGGCCCAGUCGCAGUAAAUUAUUUCAUGGUCUUGA